CGCGCACUGCUGAAUGACGUCAGGGAAGAACCGUGGUUUGUGGGAGUAAAUGAACGACUUUUUGUGUCUUGCCUGUGUUAGUGCUCUUAGUAGUGUCUGUAUUGUUUUAUUAAUUUAAAAAUGUGGAGGUAAGUGUUAAUUUAGGAUAUAUAUCAUUCCUAAAAAGGUCAAUACUUUAAUUGCACAAUGAACGGUAUAUCGUUCAGUGAAUUAUGUUGCUUGUUUUGUUGUCCUCCGUUUCCUUCUCGCAUAGCGGCUAAGCUCGCAUUUAUUCCUCCAGAGCCAACAUAUUCCUUCAUAGCAGAUGAAACUGGAACUAAAUUUACCUUACGUUUAUCAGAUCGUGCAGAAUGGCAGUAUUCGCAAAGAGAAUUGGAUGGAAUAGAAGUGUUUUUUACAAGAACUCCUCGUGGAAACAGAAUUGCAUGCAUGUUUGUGCGAUGUACUCCUGACGCACGGUUUACAAUUUUGUUUAGUCACGGAAAUGCUGUGGAUCUUGGACAUUUGAGCAGUUUUUACCUUGGACUAGGAUCUAGAAUAAAUUGUAAUAUAUUCAGUUAUGACUAUUCUGGAUAUGGAAUUAGUACCGGGAAACCAUCAGAAAAGAAUUUAUACGCUGAUGUAGAUGCGGCAUGGCAUGCAUUACGUACGCGUUAUGGUAUAAGUCCAGAAAAUAUAAUUCUUUAUGGACAGAGUAUUGGUACAGUGCCUUCUGUGGAUUUAGCUUCUAGGUACGAAGUUGGAGCCGUUAUACUUCACGCACCUUUAAUGUCUGGAAUACGUGUAGUUUUCCCUAACACAAAGCGAACGUGGUUCUUUGAUGCCUUUCCUAGCAUUGAUAAAGUACCAAAAGUUACCUCUCCUGUACUUGUGAUUCAUGGGACUGAAGAUGAUGUGAUUGAUUUUUCCCAUGGUUUGGCUAUUUAUGAAAAUUGCCCUAGAGCCGUAGAGCCUCUUUGGAUUGAAGGGGCAGGCCAUAAUGAUGUAGAACUUUAUGGACAGUACAUUGAGAGACUUAAACAGUUUAUAUCCAUGGAAUUAGUGAAUUGACUCCUAAAGUUUUACUAGGAUAUCAAGAUUCUGAAGUAUUUAAGAAUGCCAAGUGCUAUGUUUUUAUAUUUAAAAAGAUCAUGUUUCACAGAUAAUUUAUAUUAAGAUGGAAACAAAAGAACUAAUAGUCACUUUCAAUAGUAAAUUAUUUUUUAAAAGUGUUUUGCUAUAUAACUUUCUUAUUUAUGUGCUGUAUAGUCAUUUAAGAAUUAUUUGAUUUGUUUGUUUGAUGAAAUACAGGUGGAACUUGAAGAGAGUUUAAAUAUUUUGGUCACAAUUAAAUGUUCCACCAUUCUGUUUAAACGAUUAGACAGAUUUCUUUUCAUAAAUUAAAAUGAACUGUGAUUCUUUGUAUUCCAUAACAUAUUUGUACCAGUUUUCAUCUUAUACUCAUUAAAAUUACAUUUUCAUAAUGUCAUCGAUUGCUCACAAAGCAUGAAUAUUAAGUUUUUCAUUAUUUUUUUACUGUAUGACAAAAAUCAAAGAUUAUAAAAAUCUGCAUCCUGACUGUCGUAAGUCAUGUUAGCUAGUCUUCAAUUCACAAGACCUAAAACUCGGUUGAAAGAAAUUUAGCCAAGAAAUAAUAAUGCUUAUUUCUUAAAUUAUAUAUUUAUAUGAAGGUAAAUGUAAACUGUUGCUUUAUAUAUUUAAAAUGUAAUAUAUGUUUUCAUGUUUUAUAUUAAUAGCUUUAAAUAUUUUGUUUAAAAUUGUUUUUUUGUUAACCAUUUUUAUAAAGCUUUAAAGAAAACUGGGUUUAAUUAAGAAAUACUAUUCUUUUGAAUACUUGUUCAAAAUAUAUGGUUAUAAAGAGGCACAUCAUAUAUUUACAGUAUGCUCAUUUAUAACUGUUUUUCUAUUCAAAGCAAUAUAAAUUUCGAAAUGUCAUUUAUCACGUUCGUGGAAUAGUAAAUUUGCUCUUGAAAUUGGCUUUCAAGAUGUUCUAAAUAUGUAUUACCACAUUUACUCAUACCUCUCUUUACCUACUAAUUUUAAACUAUAAACAAGAAAGGGAGAAGUACAUACUAUUUCUAAAGAUAUAAUUUAAAAGACUUGACAAUUUCAGUUAUAGUCCUUACACUUAAACGAAAUAUUUUCCUAUUUGUGAAUAUAUUUUAUAUUUUUACCAUAAAUCAGGAGUUUCUAAAUCAUAUGCAAAAAAUAUUAUAAGAAAAAAAUAAAGGUAUGUAGGCUGCUGAUUGUUGGCAGGUCUAAAUACCAAAAUGAGCAGGAAGGGGGAACAUAUGAGUAAAUAUGAUAAUUAUAAUAAGUUAGUUUCUCCUUCUGAUCCUGAAUUAAUCCUGGGAAUUUUACUUUUCAAUUUAUAAUUUCUAAAGUAUAAAAAUACAUUUUUAAUGUUAAAACAAUGUAAGAUUAUCAUUUUUUCUUCUCAUGAUUAAAAAAAAAUACAGAUAAACGGUCACACAUAGAAAUCAUAAGUAAGUAGUCUUAUAUUUUAUGAGUCUGAAUGAAUUUUUAAAUCAUCUUUAAGUAUUUCAGUUUGUUUGCAUUGUGAUAAGUAUGCAGCUAUUAUUAAAAAUCCUCUUCCAUUACAGUAAAUGUAAUUUACAUCAAAAGUUAUGUCCAAGUUUUCACUAUAGUGAUAUAUUAUGUUUUACACUACUUUACAUAAAAUGUCUUAAAAGUGAAAUGGUUUAUUAUAUCAGUGAUGUCUUUAUUGUAUUUUAACUAACAAAAGCAGUUUGAUAAUAUAUAGCAGGGUUAUAAUUCUGUAGAUUCUAUUUUUAAACUAAAAUGUCAUAUAUAUCUAAAUAUAAAAAAUAGUUUUAUUUUGAAGUACAUUUAUUAUAUUGUCUUUAAUGAUAGAACCAGUGGUAUGCAUCGCAUUCCAGCUCAAAUAAAUAUUUGAAAUGCACUUUUUCAAAUUUAAGACCUUGAAACUUGUGAUUAAAAGGUGAUAUAUUUGAAAAUGUACCAUGUGUAACUUAAGAACUGAAGUGCACUAAUACCCAUUCCACGUUCCUCGUAUUGAUUGUAAGUGCAUAUUCCAUGUGAAUUUCUUCAGUUUCUAUCUGUAUACAUUUUUGCUAACAAAAAAGUGCUAUUAAACAUUUUUUACAAUGUUUUCUAUGCUUCACUACUUUUAAUUGAAUAGAAUGUAUUCAAAAUACCAGUGAAAAUAAUUUCAUAAAAAUCCUGAAAAAAGGGAAAGAUAUAGUCAUCCCAUGGUUUAUACACAUAAGUCUUUAAAAUUUCCUUUUCAGGUAAGCAUUUGUUAAUUUAACCCUUUGAGUGGCACAGCUUUUUAGAUCUGCUCAUGAGGACCUGUAUUUAAACAGCAUUUAUUAAUUUAAUUUGUAUGUUUACAAAAUUUGUCUCUGUUUUCAUAAACUUCCAUUUAUUAAGAUGAUAUUUUACAUUAUUAAAGAAAGUAAAAUUAUAAGCUACUAUGACAGUGACAAAAAAAUCUCACGAGAAGAUAAAAGCAUUCAUGCUACUCAGGUGGUUAAUAUGGAAUCUUUAUUUUAAACGUGGCACCACUAGUUAAAUAUGAGAAACCAAAUUAUUAAUUUUGUCAAUUAUUGUGUUAAUAACUAUUAUCUUGUUUUGUAAUAUAUUUUGCUUUAUAAUUUUCUUUAAUUAUUUAAAAAUAAUUCUAAGCAUUUAGAUUAUUAAAAUGCAUAAAAUAAUUGUAAAAAACAAAAUAGGUAAUUCUUAUAUGCAAGAGCGACAUUUCACGUGUGUUCUAAAAAUAGUUCAUUUAGUUAAUGAAUGUGCUGAAUAAAUUCAGCUGUUUUGCGAAAUAGAUCGAUCAACUAUGUUGUUUGAGGAUGUACUUAAAUACAAACAGCUAUAUUAUAGUUGUACUUAGUAAAAUCUGCUUUGUUGGAUUUAAAAUAUUUUAGAAAAGUAUAUUAUAGUUGAAUGCUUCGAGAGUCAAAUGAAAUAUAUUUUUCAGAAGAUUUUUUUUUAAAUUAAAAUUCAUUUUAUGCAGAAUAGUAGCUGAAGUUUUCAGUGCCCAGACCAUCCCUUUUCUGUUUGCCAAGAAUAGAAAGCAUUUCUAGAAUUUUAUAAUAUCAAUUUGGCAUCUCCUGGAUACUAUGCCUGGGCACAGUGUGUAAAGUUUUAAUAAGGUUGGCAUGGGAAACUUUUCAGGUAUUCGAGUUCAUUUCGAUUUGCUCUUAUAUUAGUUUCCUAGCUAACAUGUUGUAUAAAUUGGACAUCUCUAAUCAAAAGUGCUUUAUGAAACCUGUCAGGUGCUAUAAUGCCCCAAAAGAAGUUGUAUGUUUGACCUCAUGUAAUGAAUUGCAAACAUUCUCAAGGAAAAGAGAUUCACAUUUCAAUUAUGUAUGUUUUAGUUAGAUCAAACAGGUUUAUCACAUGAAUAUUUGAGAUUACAGUUUUGCUUUCUGAAUGUUUAAUUUGCAUUAUUAAAAAUCAUUGUAUAAAAUUAAUGCUAUUUUUGUAAGCUGAUAUAUGUAUGCGAAAAAGAUUUUGUGAAAUAUAAUGCAAUAACAUGCAUAAAUCCAGAAUAUGAAACAUUCUCGUCUCGAGCCUUUUUGGCAAGGGAUACUCUAUCUGUAAAACAAAAUUAUAAAUGUGUGCCAUUUUGGAAAGAAGUAAAAGUUUGUAAUGGCUAACAUACUUAAAGUAUGUUUGAAGUUAAGACAUGCCUGAAUGUUGGGUAAUAUGCUUUUGUAAUUGUCUCUGUUGAAAAACUUGUUGUAUUUAAUUUUAUGAAAUUGAGAAUACAUUUAUGAAUCAAGGGAUGACUAUAGAAAACUGAUAAAUAUCUUAUUUAAGAAAAUGUACAAUAAAGAGAAAAUGACUUUCUUUGUUUUUUUAUCAGUGUAUCAUAUUGAAAAUUAUUGUAAUUUAUUUGAAGAAACUUAAACUUUUGGUUAUUAAUUUUAUGUUUCGUUGUACUUGUAUUUAAGAUUACUGUUAAGCAAAUUAGAAAUCUGCUUCGGUGCAAAUUUGACAUGUAUGUUUUUGGAAUAAAUUUUUUUAUGAUGUUUUGUAUCA